AUGACAGAACGUUGGGUUGAUCAGGUACAAUUGGCCAUUUGGGAAGUAGCUCGUUUCCUGCAAGUAGAAAACGUUUAUGAGUCCCAAACAUUCCCUUCAUUGGGAACCCUUAACCCUGUCUCCGAACAAAAAGACGAAACUACUAUUUCAGGUUCUCAAGAAGCGGACACAUUGCAGGUGGUGAUCAACCCUCAAACUCCUCAACAAGUGGAUUGUAGUAACAAUUCAAUCUUAGGAAGCUCCCAGACAACUCCCUUUCCUUCCCAUGAAAUUAAUCCCUCGGUACAUGGUCACGGUUCCGAUGAAAGCGAUAACAAUGGUGCUGAAAAAGAGAUGGAAGAAACAAAAGGCGCGGGCAAUGAUGCGGGAGCAGCAGCGCUAGAGAAAGAGGGAACCGAUCAGCUGGAUGUCGAGGAGGAAUGUGUUUUUGUAGGUCUGAUUCCAUAUUUGGAAAAUGAUGACUUUGAAGAUUUGAUUAAAUGGUGCGACGAGCAGUUCUUUUCGUAUCCUGACCCUACGGUUUUGAUACUAUGUGAUUAG